UGCUUUUGUUCAUUGGUCAAAGUUUGGACCAAUCAGCAAAGAGCGGGAAAGUUUCAAAACAGAAAUGGCGUCGGAGAGAAUCGAGGCACUGAUGGAAAGGACUGAUCUUGCCGUCGUAAGGUCAUGCAACACCACCGAACUGCAAGAAAUAGGAGAGGGAGAAAUUAUGACUCCUUAUCUCAGGGACUGCAGACGCAAACAGAAGCAUAUAUUGCAUCAGCUGUGUGUAGUGGAUGACAUGGUAAAGCUGCUGGCAGGUCUAGAGUCUGUGGACCAACUACUAAAUGAGCCAUGUCCCCAAAACCCAGGGAACGAUGAUUGUGCUGCAUGGAAGGCUUUAAAAGCAGAAUAUCAGGACAGAGUUCAGGAGGUGGAGGAGGCGAUCGGCACCUUUCAGCUCUGCAUGGAGGCGCUUCAGGGUAAACGGCAGAAACUGGAGACUCUACUGUCCACACUGCAUAAAAAGAAGGAGUGUGAAGAGAAAGAGAGAAUCACAGCUAAAAGAAAUCAGAGAGCCGAGAAACAAAUCAGCUUUCAGCUGGAGGAUUCCUUACAGGCAGCUCUGAAUGUCUUGAAUGCAUGUGAUCUGCGUCUGUCUAAUCUCCAGGAUGAGGUUAAUAAGCAGCAGGAGCGUAUUAAUGAAUGGACAUUACGGAAGGAUGGUUUGCAGAUGUUGGUCAGAGGGGUGCAGAGAAAUGUGCAGUACAGGCUGUUGUCAGUCAGCCCCUCGGAGCUGUGCCUGGAGCUCCUGCCUCGUGCUGCUGAGAAAUCACUUGAACCACUGCGUGUCUCCAUCACCAUGACAACCGACGACCACUUCCAUCUUCAGGUGUUUCAGGGAACUGCUGGCCUUGUAGAACAGGCGACAGAAGGUCAACUCAGAAAAGUGAGUACUGCUUUGGUGGAGGUGAUAGAGCGGUACAUUAGUCAAGGAGAGAUGCUUUCAGAGAUUCAGGCUCUGCACUCAAGGUUGGCAAUUGAUUGGUGUCCGGCUGAAAGGCUUCUCAUCUUUCUGAAGACUGCGACCACAGUGUGUCACCUGAGGGUUGGGGAGGGUUACCCAUCACAUGGCCGAGCUACUCUGCUCUCUGUGAGAAAAGAUGGCAAUCUUCUUGAUAUCGCCAGUCUGCAGCCGCCAGAGAAACAUCCUGUCCUGACUGAGUGGCUUGAGUUUCUCUCUUCCAAUCCUAACAUCUGAUGUCACUUAAUACUCCUACUCAAACCCACAUUCAGGGAGGAAACCAGGAGUGCCAGCCGAUGAGUCACACCUGAGUCAGGCAUCUGGACUCUACAGUUGUAUUCUAGAUUUAUGUAUGUAUGUUUGUAGUUUGUCUGUGUUAAUAUUGUGCCAUGUCUCAGUAAGGAAAUACAUUCAAACUUGCUAUAGGGUAAAUCUGAGCCUAUUAAUAUUCUAAUUGGUGUUUUUUUGUCUUUAAUUACCAAUAAACUUUUAGUCAGUAAUUACACAUACAAAUGUAUAAAUAUUGAACUACCCUUGUAAAUAAAUUACUACUGUAAUUAAAUU